AUGUACAGAGAAAGAAAGAUCAAAAUGCGCAUGUCCAUGACCUUUAAACUCUCAAUAAAUGUGCAUUAUUUAGAAGCACAUAUGGCUGAAGAAAAACCCCUAGCUGAGUUUCAAGGAGUUAGACACAAGAAACAAAAUGGUGUGCUGCUGAUCACAUCCCUCAGAGUAGCCUGGUGUCAGGGGGAUAUUUUCCAAGCAGCUCAGGUCAGCUAUCCCUAUAAUCAGAUCAAAUCUCAGCGGAUUAGUCCGGAAAAAAGUUCCAAAGUUCAACUUCAGCUAAUCCUGCGCUCCAAUGGCUCACAAGUCAACUUUCACUUCAUCGGAAGCUCUGCAAUGGAGGACAGAGACAAGGCUAAGGUGUACAUUCAGCAGCUACUGGCGAAGGUAUCUAAUGAGCCCAGUCCAGAGCUAGCUCAGAAAGCCAACCUCUUCUCAACACAACCAGAGCUGCAUCAACUAUAUAAGGACCUGGUAAUUGGUGGUCUGAUUACUGCUGACGAGUUCUGGGCCAAUCGUCUGAAUCAGACAGUGGGCGGAGCCUCAGAGCAGCAGGAGUCUGGUCUACCGUCUGCAUUCCUCGCUGAUGUCCAUGCUGUGUCUGAUGGUUGCAAUGCCCUAAGGUUCAAUCUAACGCCUGAUGUACAACAUGCCAUCUUCAAAACCUACCCAACAGUGAGAGCCAAACAUGCUGUGCUUGUGCCGGACAAGAUGAGUGAAGAGGAGUUCUGGAAACAGUUCUUCCAGUCUCAGUUCUUCCACAAAGAGGCAGGCACAAGUGGGCGGAGCUUCUUCUCAGACUGCCUCACACAAGAGCAACAGAAGUUGGUAGAGUCUGGUGGUGGCAGCGGUGUGAAACUGAACACUACAGAGACUGCACGACAUCAGCUCGGUGAAGAGGGCUACAGUGUGUAUGCUGAUAGUGCCCCCGGACCAUCCAGUCAAUCAGCCAUGAUGCAACGAUGCAAUCUACACAGCACAAUGGUCCUCAAGGCCCUCCACACCUCCACACCACACAACACACCACUCUCAGGAGAUGUGGAGAUGGAAACAGGUGGACAGGAGGUGGUUUCGCUGAAGCUCCGCCCAUCACAGCUGACGAGGGACCAGGUUACUACAGCAACUAGUAUGUACGGACUCCUCGGUGAACUCUCGCAAUGGGACGCUCAAUCGAUUGACUUUCCCCCCUCCCAAUCAGCCGUUGGUCACAUGAUGCCUGGGGGCAGUCUGAUGACAACAUCUGGUGGGUGUGGUCAGAGCUCCCUCUCCCAGGAGCAGCAAGAGAUGAUGUUCAGACACACGACAGCUGUCAGUGAACUGCUGAGACACUUCUGGAGCUGCUUCCCAGUGCGAACUCCACAACUGGAAGAUAAGUUUGUUUCCUGCAGGUUCAUCGUAUGUUCAAGUGUCUGUGUGACUACGAGGAGGGGAAGUUUAGUGAGUUGUUGACGGCCCUAGGCCAUGGUGACGAGCAUCGUGUGGUGGCUCACCUGAGGGACACUGUGAGACUGGCACUCGAUCAGUACCAUGCAUGGCAGGCCAAGCGGAGCAGCAAACUCUCCUAGCUAGUUCCUUAGUUUAUCCAUUGUCUGUGUUUAAUUGGUACCUUUCAUGUGAUCAAUCAUCCAUUAUUUUGCUUCACUAUUAUCCUGUGAUUAUGUUAUACUAAUACCAGCACAA